AUGCCCUGUGCGUGGGGUGCUCGAUGGCGAUCGGAACUUGUAAGGCGGGGCAAGCGGCAUUGGAAGGAAGCUACCCUUGCCGAAUUCAGUGGGUCUCUCGGUGAUCUCGGCACGUUUAUUCCACUAGCAGUCGGCAUGUCUAUCACAGCAGGCCUGGAUUUCAGCACUAUCCUGAUAUUCACUGGUGUCUACAAUGUAGCCUCUGGUGUUCUGUUCGAUGCCCCCAUACCCGUACAACCUAUGAAGACCGUUGCCGCUGCUGCGAUAGCACAGGGGUUGAAGUUGGGCGCAGUGGCAGCAGCGGGCAUCUUCGUGUCAGCAGUAGUGCUCGCACUUGGACUGUUGAACUUGACGACAGUAUUGGAGUACAUUAUACCGUUGUCUAUCGUACGUGGCAUACAGCUAGGUCUGGCAGUGUCGCUCUUCCACAAGGGAUAUAUGUACGCGGUAGUCGUCAUUUAUCGGCAGCACAGGUCCUACAGGUACCUCUUGGUUCGGCAUGUGGAUGGAUCCUUGAUAUGGAAUCCUGUCGAGCAGACUGACAGUUUCACACUAGCGCUUCUCGUCUCUGUGACGUUAUUGGUUUUGCUGAAUUUAUCACCGCCACUACGAGUUCCUCCCCCAGCUGCGUUGAUCGUGUUCCUAUUGGGCCUCAUCAUCACCAUUACGUGCUAUUGGUCGGAGAUUCCCAUCGACAGGUUCGGCCCGAACAUCUCGGUGGUCGCGAUAAGUGGGCAGGACUGGCUGGACGGUAUCCUCAACGGUGGUCUGCCUCAGCUGCCUCUCACUCUUCUUAACUCUGUGAUAUCGGUAUGCGCCUUGGCAAGGGAACUCUUUGGGGAGGACUGUAGAGGCGGCAGCACUAGGCAUAUGGCAGUUAGCGUUGGUCUGAUGAACCUGCUUGGGUGUUGGUUCGGAGCUAUGCCGUGCUGCCAUGGCUGUGGCGGCUUGGCUGCUCAGUAUAGAUUCGGUGCCAGGACGGGAACUAGUGUUGUUAUGCUGGGCGUUCUCAAGCUAUGUAUAGGCCUGAUAUUCGGCCCUCAACUGUUGCAUAUCCUUCGCGUGUACCCCGGGGCAGUCUUAGGGCCGAUGCUGUGUAUAGCAGCUGGGGAGUUGGGCGUUCAGUCACUGAAGGAGAGGGGAAAUCUCCUACUAGAGCUGCAAGAUCCCUCUCUGGCUUCGUGGUUGCUGUUCAUCACUGCUGCUGCCUGCGUAGCUGCCGGCUCUACAGGCUGGGGCUUCGCCAUCGGCUAUGGUGUAUGGGCCGUCGUAGCGGGGUUGUGGUACCCCAAGGCAGUAUGGGGCGGAUAG